UUCUCCCACAACGAAUCAGACAAAUCAGACCAUGCCGACAAACACCACCUCUGCUGCUACCGAGUUCUGGGAACGGCGGGUGCUGGCCAUGUCUGGAGGCAUUGAGGAGCUGGGCAGUGUGAGGUGGGAUCUGGCUUUGUGUCUUCUGGCCAGCUGGAUGUUCUGCUACUUCAGUAUUUGGAAAAGUGUCAAAUCCUCAGGAAAGGUAGCAUAUUUAACAGCCACGUUCCCCUACGUAAUGCUCCUGAUCCUACUCAUCAGAGGCUUGACUCUACCUGGAGCUUGGGAUGGGAUCUACUAUUACCUGUAUCCAGAUGUGAACCGCCUGGCGCACCUUGAGGUCUGGAUAGAGGCAGGAGCUCAAAUAUUUUUCUCCUACAGCCUGACUGCAGGGACUCUAAAUGUCUUGGGCAGCUUUAAUGAUUACAACAACAACUGUUACAAGGACUGCUUCUGGCUCUGUCUGCUGAACAGUGGGACCAGUUUUGUUGCUGGAUUUGUCGUCUUCUCUGUACUUGGAUUCAUGGCUCAGAAACAGGGUGUUACUGUUGACGCUGUAGCCGAGUCAGGUCCAGGUUUGGCCUUCAUUGCUUACCCUCAGGCAACAGCUAUGAUGCCUUUGCCACAGUUCUGGACUGUCUGCUUUUUCCUGAUGCUCAUUUUUCUCACUGUUGACACACAUUUUGUGACAGUUGAGACUCUUAUCACCUCAGUCAGCGACAUGUUUCCGAAGCAGUUUCAUAAACCUGGAAGACACGAGAUCUUUGCCCUCAUCAUCUGCUUGAUCUUCUUCCUCUUACAUCUGAUGUUUGUCACUGAGGGAGGGAUUUACAUAUUCCAGCUUGUUGAUUAUUAUGCCUGUACAAGAGCUUGUAAUGAUUUCAUAGCUUUGUCUGAGUGCCUGGCUCUGGCCUGGUGUUUUGGUGCUGAUCGUGUUAUUGACAUCAUCGAAGACAUGACCGGACAAAGACCUUCUGUUUUCUUCAAACUGUGCUGGAAAUACAUCAUUCCUCUGCUGUCACUGAGUUCCUUCAUCCUGUACAUGGUUGAUUACAAACACCCCAGGAUUAAAGACUCGUACAUUUACCCCAACUGGGCGUACGCACUGGGAUGGACCAUGACACUCUCCUCUGUUCUCAUUGUGCCACUGUGGGCAGCUGGACAGAUGUGUUUGACACCAGGAACCUUCAGACAGCGUUUGUCCGUCCUUUGUCGUCCUGCUGAAGAUCCAGCCUGGCAGAGGAGAAAAAAUGAAGAGGAGGGAACGACUGCUGAACUGACGGCGUCUGCAGUGACAACUUAGAGUGACCUGCAAAGUUACAUUAAGUCAACAUUUCAUUGUCAUCAAUGUAGCUGUCAUCUUGAUGAAUGAUAAUAAUGCUUUUGUUCAAAUCUGCACUGGAGUCUGGGUCUUUAACUUACU